GCGAGUCGGCCGUGCCCGCGUUCCGGUUUGCAGUGCGGCCGUCGCCGGCUGUUGUGUCUGCCGCUGUGUUGCGCUGCGAGGAGACAAGCGUGCAAUAUAGAAGCCAUGGUCGACAUCAGCAGCCCUUUUCUCAACCUCCAGAAGGGGACGUCCGUCCUUCUGAACGUCCUGAGCCGUGCUGAUACUAACGGAGACGGCGUUCUCGCGAAAGAGGAAUUCCUCAAUUUCUUCUGGGACGCCGUACUAACGGAAGAUGAACUCUGUGAACUUUUCGAAGAAGUCAAUAUUCACAGAACCGGCUUUAUAGAUGCCGGCGAGCUGAGCGCCUUCGUGUGGAAGCACAUGGGGAACUUCCCGGGACUUCUCGCUGCUCUGGAGGACCUGAGCGUAGCUGUGACCAAAGGGUUGCAACAAAUGGAAAAGACAUACGAUGCCAACAGCAUCCAAGAACAAUUUGUCGCCAGAUUCUUGGUGAGAGAGACGGUGUUUCAACUCUCCAAACUGACAGCAGCGCUGGAUGCCUCCCAGAAAAGGCUCCAGGAAGAGGGCAUCCCGCUCAUCGACGGAAGCGACAGCAGUGAAGAUGAUGGCCAGGAUCGAAUUAUUCCCAAGUGCAAUUUUCAGGCUGCAGCUGGUCCCCAAAGCCUCCAAGUGUACAAACCUUGCCCUAGUCGCCUUCUUCCCAUCAGGCUACGAAAACAGGUGGUGACGCAAACAUCACUUCAUUUAGAAGGUAUGAUAUUGCACUUCUUUAGACAACAUAGAGCCUGCGAUCUAGGCAUAUAUUAUUGCCAGACCUUUUUAUUUACAGAAUCCAGUCAGGACCUGAAUGCUCAAAUCAAGAAGUUGGAGGCAAUCGUAGAAAAGCUUGCAAAUCAGCCGAAAUUCCAGAAACCACAAGAGGAUGAACUGGACAUCACAGAGGAAAGCUUGUUAUUUCUAGUGCAGCAAACAAUGCCAGUGGAGGAAGGACAGUUGGAAGGCUACAAGGAGUCACUGAAAACUUAUUCUGAAAAAACUGCUGCCUGCACUGGAUGUCUCUUUGUGUCUGUUCGUUUCUACAAGGACAUAAUCACAUAUGCAGUUUAUGAAGUAUGGGAAAAUGAAGAUACUUGGAACAAGCACUUACGGUCACAUACAUACAAGACACUACAGCAUCAAAACAUUGAGUGCUUGAGAAAGCCUGAAUUCCUGAACACUAUGGAGAUACCAGGAUCAUGGUGGAAAACUGGAUCAGAAAUUUGACAUUCCACACCUUUUGACAAAGCAAGUGCCUCUGCAUUCAAGAAAAGUCAGCCUUUUAAGGACCAUACCUUUGCACACUGAAAUAAACUAGUAGAUAUGUCUGUGUG